UUGUUAUCAAGAGUUAAACUGUUAACAAUCGUUGUAGAACAAACGGAAUGAAAAAAAAACUAAAUUAUAGAAACUGAUAAAGAUAACUUUAUCGAUCUAUUAUAGUUCAGCCUAUAAACAAAGGUGUAUGGUACUUGUUGAUACAACCAAUAUAGACAAUUUUUUUGCUUUUUAGCACACGCUGUUAACACUCACUACUAACAGGUGUUAAUUUAAAGUGCAGUCAAUCAUUUGUACUAAACAUAAAUACUAGACAUUUAACUAAAUCGGAAAUGUUUUUACAAAAAUUCUUGUGUAUUUUCAAAUAAUUUUAGAAAAAAAAACUAUAAAAAUUGUUUAAAAAUACAUUGAAUUAAAGAAUCAUCACAAAGAAAUGCACAAAAAAUCGUCUAAACAUAAACUGCAAUUACGUAUAAACACAAAGUUUUCUAAAUAAAAACACAACUUUAUAGCCAGUCGUCGUCAUCUCGUCCCUAUUCACAGACUCCUCGAACUAACACCACCACCAACAUUAACCACACCAAUAUUAACAGCAACAACAAACAGCGAGAGGCAACAACAUCUGUAAUAUUUUCUAUAUACUAGAGAGUCAGCCAACGUUAAUGGAGUCUUCAUCACGUAAAAAACACAAAAAAGAAAAUCCUUAUGCUUCCGUCUAUAAUGCCACUACCAUCCCACUCAAUGCCAAUAAUAAAUGUAAGGAAAAAAUUGUUGCUACAAAAACGAAGAAACCGCCGCGUCGUGAUAAAAGCGAUUUGGGAGAAAAUUUUAUAGCACCUGAUGGUGGGUGGGCAUGGAUUGUUUGUAUUGCAGCCGGUGUCUCAAAUUUAACAAUUUAUCCUUGUAUUCAACAAUUUGGCUUUAUAUUUCGUGAUCGUCUGAUUAAACUGGGUCUUACAAAUUCACAGAUCACAACAAUUAUUAAUACACAUCCUGCGGUAUCAGCGUGUACAGGUCUUCUCAAUGGACCCAUGUUUAGACGUUUUACAUUUCGUCAAGUAGCCCUGAUUGGCUCAAUAUUAAUAUUUUUUGGAAUACUUCUAACAGCAUUUUGUGAGACAUUUUUAGAAUAUAUCAUCACAUAUGCUUUACUAUUUGGUUUUGGUGCUGGCAUCACUGUAUCCGCCUCAACAUUGGCCGUUAAUACAUAUUUUAAGAAUAAACGUAGAAAAGCUUCAGGUUUUUCGUGGACUAUAACCGGUCUGGGUCCUAUAGUACUGCCUCAUAUAGUCACCUCAUUGGUUGCUCUUUAUGGAGUACAAGGCACUUUAUUUAUAUUUGCAGCUUUGUCGCUGCACACCUUUAUGGCUGCUUUAAUCUUUGAACCCGUAUCAUAUCAUGCCCCUAAAACGACUGAAGAAGCGGCGAAAAUACCCUCUGUGAUGGUAGAGCAACCACAACUUUUGUGUAAAUAUUGUGAAAUGCAACAGAAAAAAGAGACGGGUUUAUUCUCCUCGCAGUAUUUGUAUCAGGAAGAUGAUGAAAAUACACCGGGUUUUGAAAUAAUAGAACCCGGAACACCUAUGUUGUCCCGAGCCAAUGAUGGUUUAUAUGGCUCCCGACUAUCGCUGGCUUCGAAAAGAAGACUACGUUUUCGCACCAUAUCUAGUUCAAAAGAUCUAGAGAAUACCACACGCAUAACACGUUUAAUAAGUGAGGAUGAAGAAUUAAAGCAAAAGACUAGUUUUAAGCCUAAUAAUUUCAAUAUCGAAAGAGAUGAAUCACAUAAGGGCAGUCUAAAUAAACGUUUUGGUGGUAGCCAACUUAAAUGUACCUGUGCCGAGGAGAGAGCUUUAAUGGAACUUAAUAGAAUAGAAGCAUAUGAUGCUGAAAAUUCCACGAAAGACAAACAGCUGGAAGAUUCAAAUGAGGACUUACAAUUAACCUUUUUCGAGAAAGUAGUGGCCUUUUUUGAUUUGGAUCUCUUAAGAGACUUUUCAUUUGUUAAUCUUGUAGCUGGUUUGACCAUGAUCAAUUUUGGUGAAUUAAAUUUUUCCAUAUUGACACCGUUUAUUUUAAAUGAUUUUGGUUUAGAGACUUCACAAAUUACUCUAUCCAUAUCGGUGCUGGGUGGUUUAGAUGUUGCCACCAGAUUUCUGGUGCCAUUUUUAACUGAAAAAAUUGCCUGGGAUAAUAGAGUCUUCUUUCUUAUCGGUGUUGUGGGCAUUUCUAUAGGCCGCACAGUGGUGGCCUGUACCAGAUCGUUUCCAGUCAUAAUAUCAACAUUUGCCGUUAUAGGCGUAUUUAAAGGAGUACGUACAAUAUUUUGGCCACUGGUUAUACCCAGUUGUGUACCUUUAAAACGUUUGCCAGCAGCAUCCGGCUUGCAAUUGUUAAUAUCAGGUAUAUUUACUUUAGCAUGCGGACCCUUUGUAGGUUUGGUGCGCGAUCGUUACAAUUAUGCCAUUGCCUUACAUUGUCUCAAUAUGAUGACAUUUUUAGCGGCGGCUUGUUGGAUCCUAGAGGCUUUAAUACGUCGUUAUUUACAGAAGCCAAGUACAUUAAGUGAUGAACCAAGAUGAUAAUAAAAAAAAAUCACAGUUUUAUAUUACGUUUUUCUUUGUUUUCUUUUUAUUAUUUUCUACUUUAAAUGUAUUAUUUUCUUUUUUAUUGUUUUCAUAGUUUUUUUUUAGAUUUUAAUGUUUACAUGGAAGUAUCUAUCUCACACUCUAUCCUAAUAUAUUGUAUGUGUAUAUAAGUAAUAAAUCUCUUUGUAAGUU